AAAGUGCAUGGCGUAGAAGUAGAUGAUGAGCAUCAACGGGAGGAAAUGUUCAAUUAGUCAACAACGCGAUGCCAACAGUUAAUGAAACGCAUAUAUGUCAUGCAGAGCCUCUCUCGAAUCUAUCAGUGCUGCGACAUCAGCCUUCAUGUGUGUUGAUACAGUAAUAAACAAACGUAAACAAUAGGGUCCCGCGUUGCUAUAAAUACAUCGAACGCGACAGCUUAAAUAUCGCCUGUUCGCACCAGCUCACGUAUCAUCUUCCUUUACCCCAAAGUCACUCUCCCUUUGCAAACACUCUUUAGCAAACUAGCCGACACGUUUGUGUUUAUUCCGUACUAAUCGUGAUCGACAUAGACAGUACCCUCCUUUCAUGAGCGCACGGAGUCGUCUUAUUUUUGUUGCACAUUAUUGAAUCUCUACAACUGCAUAAGUCCGAUUUCCCUAUUCCCUAUUUUUGUUUUAUUUUCUUUUUCUAUUCUUCUUUUGUUUUUUGUGCAUUUUCAUCUUUUCUCUCCCCCUCGUUUUAUCGCUCUUGUCGUUUACAAGCAUCUUAUCACCCUUUUUUCAUUUUUUGAUUUUUUAAUCCGUAACAGGGCUUUUCAGAAACUGAGAAUAUGCUGCUGUUAUCUGUGCUGGAACUUGUUCCUGCAUUUCUAUUUUUCGUCACAGCCCAGGCUGCUUCUAAGGACAGCUGGCGUAGUAGGGUUAUUUAUCAGCUUCUUACUGAUCGGUUCGCUGUUGAGGACGAUGGUUCGUCCACUUCCUGCGACCCUGCUGACAAGGUUUACUGCGGUGGUACCUGGAAGGGUAUCCAAUCCAAGCUGGAUUAUGUCCAGGGCAUGGGUUUUGAUGCCAUUUGGAUUUCCCCCAUUAUGAAAAACUUAAACGGUACGCAUGGCGAUGAUGGCCAGGCUUACCACGGUUACUGGAACACGGAGUUUGAGACUUUAAACUCCCAUUUUGGCACGGAAGACGACCUCGUUAAUUUGAUCACCGAUGUACAUAGUCGUGGCAUGUACAUUAUGUUUGACAGUAUCGCCAAUUCCAUGGCCGUUGCUGGUCCCGCUGCUGAUAUCGAUUACUCGACUUUGAAGCCAUUCAAUAGCUCAGAAUACUUCCAUCAAUUCUGUAUGGUUAACUUUACCGAUCUCACAAACACAACUCAAAUCGCCGAUUGCUGGAACGGUGAUGACAACGUCUACCUUGCCGAUUUGGAUAUCGAGUCCGACGUUGUGAGCAGCUACUUGUACAACCAGAUUGAGGCAACUACUGACCGUUACACUGUCGAUGGCUAUCGUGUGGAUGCUGUAAAGCAAAUGAAUCUUUCCUUUUUGGAUCAAUACACUACCUCUGCUAGUGCUUUUGUUAUUGGUGAAGUUUUUGAUUACACUCCUAAGACGGCAUGUCCGUACUUGGAACAUCUUCAAGGCAUGACAAACUAUCCUGCUCGUCUUGGUAUGCUCUACUCCUUCAACCAGACUGGUGCCGGUUUUGGUGCAUUACAUGAUUUGGAUUACCAAAUGCGUUCCAACUGUUCCAGCUACGACAUGUCCCUUUUAAUCACAUUCCUUGAAAAUCAUGAUCUUCCUCGUUUUGCCAGUCAAAACAACGACACUGCACGUGCUGUUGGAAGUCUGGCGUUCUUGAUGCUGUGGGACGGUAUUCCCGUUCUUUAUUAUGGUCAAGAGCAACAUCUUUCCGGUGCAUCUGAUCCUUACAACCGUGAGGCCUUGUGGACUUAUGGUUACAAUACCUCUUCUACCUAUUACCAAACAGUACGCAAGGCCAUUGCUUUGCGUAAGCUUGCAUCAGCUGACGAUGACAACUGGUUGAAGGACCAAUACCAAUACCUUGCCUACGACAACGCACCCGGCACUUAUGCUAUCGUCCAAAAGGGCAAUGUUCUUGGUAUGUACACGAAUGUUGGCUCAAGUGCUGGUAACAAGGUGUACUCUGCCGUUUCGAACUUUGAUGAAAAUACCGUCAUUACCGAUAUCUUUAGCGGUAAGAACGUUACCGUUGGAAACAACGGUUCUGUCACAUUCACUGUCACUAGUGGAAUGGCUCAAGUGUACUAUCCUGCGACGAAAUUGACUUCGUACAGUCACUACCUCGGGGCUGCCACGACUGUUUCGAGCGUGUCGAGCACUACAUAUCCUUCAUCCUAUUCCACAAUUACACUUGGUCAAACUCAAGCAACGGGCUCAAUCUUGGCCUCGACUUCCGCCCAUUCAUCUGCUGGCUCCUCUUCUGCCACCGGAAGCGCAUCUCACGUCUCUUCGUCGGUUAGCAGCGUUUACGCAUCGGCCUCCACGUCGUCUCAGCAUUCUGCGGCUCCUCGUGCUUCUGCAUUCUCUUCGGUCGGUCUGCUUUUGGUUAUUGCAACCGUUGUGCUUACCGUCUUGUAAGCAAUUCACAUUUGAGCCGAUACCAAGAAAAACAACGAAUCCACCUUCGUCCACCGAACUACUGAAUUGAUGAAACAACUCGGUAUUUUUGUUUAACGAUAUCUGAUUAUUCCCGUACAUGAUCAUUUUUGUUUUGUGAUAACUGAAUAAUUAUUUUUUGAAUUUUGGUGAAGAACUAACAGGAAG